GAAACAAAGAAUCAAGCCAAAAUUCAAUUCCCUUGUCUAAAUUUUGAAUCUGCAGUUUGUUUCAUUAUGUGGGUUCUUUAUUGAGGUGUAUGAAUUUAGUUAGUGGGUGGUUAGUUUUCGCUGGAUAGGUGGGUUUGGGAAUGAGGUAAAGAGGGAAGUAAAGAGGUAUAUGGAUGUGUGUUUUGUAUUUUGUGAUUGUAGUUGUAAUUAUACUACCAAAGUACCUACCUACCUAUCCACUUUUCCUUGAACCAAGGAAUCUAGCAGAUAUAAGUGAUUAAUUGUAAAUACGAAAGAUAGCCCAGUCCAGCUCAGCUCCGCUACUUCUACUUUCACCUCGCCUCGCCUCACUUCGCUUCUUUUUCAAAUCAAAAUCCCAACUCCACUCCACAACACAACACCCACAAACCUCAAAAUGCGACCCGGAAGCAUCCUCCAAAACUACACCGGUCCCAGCCCCGACUACGGCGGUACCCCCAUCGGUCAACGUCGCUCGUCCAGCACCACAAAAGCGGUACCCCGACGCGGCGAAACUCUCGCCGACGAACUAGCGGGUCUCUCCAGUUUUGGGAGUUCUUCUUCCUCUUCCGAAGACGAAACAGGAAACCAAGGCUCAAAAAGAAGAUCUCCAGAAACUCCCCUCGAACUUAAAGCUCGUUUGCAAACUGAGCGCCUUCUGGAAAGACAUAAUAAGUAUCUCAAAGAUCACAAUGUGCGCAAGGAAGUUGGAUCGCAACAGCCUGAGCAGGUGUCCGCGCGAGAACCGGAAGCGCUAUCGAAAGCUCAGAAACGUCUUUCCCAACCUGGGGGCGCGAAACUCGCAAAACCCGCACAGCCGUUUUCAAAAGAACCUCCAUGGAAAGCUCAGAAACGUCUUUCCCAACUUGGAACCGCAGAAAGGGAGAAUGCAAAAGCCGCAAAGCCAUCUCCAGAAGAACCUCUAUCCAUAGCCCAGAAGAGAGUUUGGCAGCCCGAAAACGCCAGGAGCAAGACGAAGACGCCUCAGCAACCCCCACGAUCUGUCGCUCUCGGCGGCCGAUACAUGCCCGUGGAAGAAGCAAACCUAGCACCGCGUCGCGUGCCUGGUCCCGUUCGCACAGUAAAGCCGGAUCCACUCUCCAAUGGGGUUUUCGCGACCAUCUCGCGAGAAUACGGAUGGGGUUGGUUGAGGUGGCCUAUAGUUGCACUUGUCCUUGCUGUUGUUGCGUUUUAUCUAAGUCGGUGGGAUCAGGAAAAUCAGCUCGCGAAAGACGGCUAUAAGAGAAAUGCUGAGGAAAGGUUGAAGACUAAGUUUAAGGUUAAGGCCGAGAGAGCGAAUGGGGAUGCGGUGAUUGCGACUUCCUCGGCUAUCCAUGAUGUUGCGAAGAUAUUAUUGGAUGAGGAUAGAAUUCUUGGGAAAUUAAAUGAUAGUCCCUUUAAUCAAGCCGCUCUAUCUAUCGAAGCACUUCGAAGAGAAAUUCUAGAAGGCGAAGGAAAUAAAUCACAACCUCUCUUCUUGACGAUCGAUAAAUUUAUCGAAAAGAAUCGAGAAGUAGAUCACGCGUGGCGUUCUUUCCUUGGUCAACAAAUCGAAGCUACUGCGGAACUUACAGGUAUAUUUGAUGGGUAUGCUAGGAACUCUGGUUUCGGUGAAGAUUUUCCGAACUGGAUAAGAGCUGCUCAUAAUAUCACAAAUCACGACUUCACUGGCAUUCCACAAAAAACAUACCAGGAAGGCGAACAAAUUCUCUGCCAAAUACUCGGGAGAAAAAAAGGGCCCAAUUGUGCUUCAAACGGUAAAAUGCUUAAAGACUUUUACAAUGAUCUCAGGCAAGGAAUUGAAAAGCCCACUAUCAAAAUUCCACCAAACACAUUCGAGGCAUAUUCAGCAGCGACGACUGACAUAGCAAAAGCUAUCAAAUCAGUACUUAAGAGAUGGGAAAACACAGCAGACAAGAUUGAGGCAGCAAGAGUAUUAUAUAAAGAUGAACAUGCUAUAGGAAAUGUAGAAAAAGUGGUCGAAUCGUUGGAAAAGACCUCAAACUCUCUAACCAAAGCAAUGUCGAGCCUAUUGGUAGAGAAAACAGGAGAUCCAGAAUUUCCCGCAGCUAUCAAAAGACUGGCGGAGGCGAAAGUUUGGGCAAAGACUUUACAAUGAGUUUGCCUUGCAAUUUGAUGUUCUUGGAGUGUUUUUCUCGCGUUGAAGAUAGAAGAUGUAUUUUAAUGCUUUUGGGCGCUGUGGAUUGAUUUUGUCCUUGAUGUGAGUUCAUAGGACUUUUGGCCUGUAGAAACUAUCUAGUUUACCAAAUUGUAUUAUUCCACAUGUAUUGAUUAUCGAGCUAGCACCUACCAUAUCUGAAGCCUCUGAUAGAUAGGUACAUGGUACUUGAGUGCAUAUAUGUAUGCAGAGUGGGCGAGAGCAAGUUCACCUAUGGGCACUGUUCGCGCACACAGCUAUGCGAGAUCGCCUAGAUAAUUGGCCAUCCAAUCUGAGUGAUGUUAACUAAAUUCGGAGCCCA